AUGGUCUCAUCGUCCCAAGUACCAGAUGGCCUUGUCAUUUCGGGCGGAAACACCUCUGCAGAGCGAACAGGGAGGAAGCUGCGCUCAGCUUGCGAAUUGUGUCGCAGCGCUCGUGUAAAAUGUGAUGGUGGAAGUCUGUGCCAGAGAUGCGGGAGAAAAGGCAAGCUUUGUCAAUACAAGGCCUCGCUGAGAAGUGGUCGGAUGAGGACAAGGCGCCCCCGUGGCACCUCUAGCGAUACCAUGUCAGCUACAGUUACCAACCUAUCACGGGGUGCGGAUGGCGGGCCAUCGAAUAUUGUGCAGUCCACUAACUUCGGAGUCGAAUCUUUCGCAGUUACGGGUCUCAACUUCCCCAACGUCUUAACGAGCGACCUGGACUACCUUGAACUGCAUGGUCUAGCCAGCCGCAGACCGCUGAGAACACUGUCCCCAGCCGCGCUAACUUAUGAACUGCUCGGCACCACCCUGGACCUGUAUCGCAAGCAGAACCUUCCUGGCGCAAGGUCUCGCGAUGUUCAAGAAAGCUUCCGAAAGAUUCAAAUUGGGGAGUCUCAUGGUACAGUAUUGGUUGUUAUGAUCUUUAAUUAG